UGCUAUGAUCAAUCUAUUUGGAAUACUACAUCCGCUACGUUAUCUAGCCAGGUUUAAAGUCUCACAACUCUUGGCACUUAAGGGCUUUCAGAUCUCGUUUGCUGUUCUAAAUUCUUGAAUAUCUUCGUCUACCAUGAUUCGACUUCUCAGGCGCUGCUAGAAUCUUCAGAGCUAUUGACGAGUUGUAUUCGUCUACAUUGUCCAAUUUAAGCUCACAAACGGAAAGUUGUCAGCACAAUGGAAAUUGCAUGGCGAGCUCACCUCCUGCCACAGCAAACUUCCCUGCUUGUCGUAGACGUGUUGAAAAGAAUACCAGAUGGCGAAAUGCCCCGCGGCUUUCAAGAAGACCAGAUUAAUGUAUCUUCGGAGUCUUCUUUAUCUUUAAAAUUCCUCGUGGCUCGUCUUGCGGCAAACGAUUGCAUUGUUCGACUCCUGCUUCCAACUGUCGGCGCGUAUCUUGUUCAAUCGGAUUUUUUAGACAGGCGCCUAGUUGAUUGUAACAAUGUUGUGGAGGUGCAGACGUUCGUCUCGCUUGAUCAAUAUCUCAAAAUUGUUGACAUUGAUGCUUGUAAUGUGCUCGACAUUGCCGACAUCUCAGAAAAUGCUGUCGGAGCCAUGGUCAUGUCAUGUACAAGCAGAGCUUGGUCCGAUAUCAAAGCUGCAAAAUCGAACACAGAGCUAACGAGACGAUUCUCUUUCGCAUGGCAUUGUGUAAAACAGACCCCAAAGCGACGUCUGGCAGUGAUCCGUCCUGGUCCUCCUUCACAUCUCCUCAGUCUCUCAAAGCUUGAAGAUCUUGCGAAAACGGCUGCAUCGCUCAACAUGGUACUCGUGUUCUUUGAUGACCCAUGCCAUGGACUUGCAGAUGCCGAAUGGGAACACCUGCGCGAAGAUUUUGUCCCUAUGGAUAUGGCUUUUACUGAGGACAUGCCUAGGCGGAUCGCCUCGGCAGUGUCUAACUACCCAAAACAAAUUGAUGGCAUAAUUGGCAUGUAUGAGCCUCUCCUCACCGUAGUUGCAGAAGCUGCCACAUUGCUAGGCUUCUCUACCUCGUUGCCGAAGUCAGUAGCGGCGGCACGUGAUAAGUAUCAAACCCGCCAAUUCGAUCAGAGCCUAUUCUGUUAUCGCAUACAAAGUAUUUCAGAUCUUGAAGACGUUGUGGCUCGCUAUAGGAGUGUUCUGCCAUUCUCUCUGCCGCUCAUUGUUAAACCUGCGAAUGGAUGGGCUUCAGAGGGUGUAUGCAAAGUAACAUGCGAGGAGGAACUGCGAGAUGCAGUGAUUCGACUAUGGCAACCUCCUUUCUCGGACAAGUAUGGCCGAGACAGCCACGGCUUAGUUUUGGUCGAACCCUACGUUGAUGGACCUGAAGUUGACGCCAAUUUGGUGCUUGUAGACGGAGAAAUCGUCUUCUUUGAAGUUAACGAUGACUUUCCAAGCACCGGCGAUAGCGACGGACAGGGAUUUAUUGAGACCUUGAAUGCCAUGCCCUCUGCCUUGCCAGAGAGUGAGAUGGACGCUCUCCGCCUAAAAGUACAUGCUACGGCCCUAGCCAUGGGCUUUAGGACUGGCAUGUUCCAUGUAGAAGCCCGAGUUCACAAUUCCAGCUAUGACUUCGUCUUAGGGAAAGAUGGCGUCCUAGACCUUGAAGCGAAGCCGGAGAUUGAGAACACCAAAAGUGCAACUCCUACGGUCUUCAUACUAGAGGUCAACCCGCGACCACCAGGAAUGCGGACACAUGCAGCUGUUGCCCGAGCAUACGGAGUCUCUUAUCGAAGUGUGGCGCUGCUCGCCGCAGUGGGGGAUCACGAGCGAUUGCGGGCGCUGACGGUUUCUUUUAUUGGUGACGCACAAUACCACAUGCAGGUCUUGUUUAUAGCGGCACAAAAAGGUGGUGUUUAUCAGUCUGGAGACAUCUGUUCCACCGUAUUAGAGCGUGAGCCACACCUACGCAGUUAUAUUAAGAAAUGCAUGGGAUUUUUGCAUAACGGACAAGAAGUUCCUGAUCCGAGAGUUCGAACAAGCGGCAUCGCCUGUUUCUGGAUUGCUUCUCAGGAAGGGAGGAGAGAAGCUCGUUUGAUUAGUGAGAGAAUUCAAAGCUUAGUAUGGGAGAUUACCGACGGCUUUUGAACCAAGUGUAGAUGCCCACAGACAAAAUUAUGUACCAUGAUUCUGGAUAGAAGACGGUCAAUUUAUUAGGUUUCAGCAUCACUAUUACUCCUCAGCACAGUCAGCGCUCCCUGUUCGAUUGAGAUAUUAAUUGUUACAGUGGCUCCCCCAGAGGCUCGAUUGAGUAUCAAGAGUCGUUACUAUCUGUGCAGUCGCCGGGAUGUAGGCUGGCUCCUGAUGGAUGGUUAGAGGAUAUUUCAGCAAGAUAUGCCUGUACUUCCGGUCCAAGCACCAGGUUUGAACCAUAGAUAGCAUUAUACAGUCUAUAGAGUCCAAAAAGCUCAUCAAAGCUUGAGAAUUUGAUGUCUAUAUUUUAAAGAGCUCAUAUAAUUGUCAGCUUAGACACUACGAAGGGUAGACUUCCAUUCUGAUAAUUGCGUCAGCUCGUGACAAAUGUCAUUUUUGGAGACACGCAAAUAUCUCUGCUUCUUGAGUCAUUCUCACAAUCUGCGAGAUUUGCGAGUAUUCAUGAGCAUUUCCGUAGGCAAAAUCAAAAACAGAUUUUUUGCUCGUGAUAUCAAGAAUGGGUUCCAACUGAUUGA